ACAAAGCUCACAGGCGUCUAGGACAAGAGACAAGAAGGAACCUUGUGUAAACAUGACUUCCAAACUGGCUGUUGCUCUCUUGGCAGCUUUCAUGCUUUCUGCAGCUCUGUGUGAAGCUGCAGUUUUGUCAAGGAUAAGUGCAGAACUUCGAUGCCAGUGCAUCAAUACGCACUCCGCAUUCUUCCCUCCCAAAUUUAUAAAAGAACUGAGGCUGAUUGAGAGUGGACCACACUGUCCCCAAUCAGAAAUCAUUGUAAAACUCUUCAAUGGAAACUCGGUCUGCCUGGAUCCCAAAGAAAAGUGGGUGCAGAAAGUUGUGCAGGCAUUUUUGAAGAGAGCUGAGAAGGAAAGUCAAUGAAAGAAAAAAGCAUUCUCCAUGGUUUCCAAGAAUUCCUCAGUGAAGAUGCUAAUGAAACUUCAAGCAAAUCUACUUCAGUUCUUCAUUGUGUGUGAUCUGGUGCAGACAGUAUUGUGUGUGUCUGGUGCAGAGUUGCCAGAUAAAGUACAGGAUGUCCAGUUCGAUUUAAAUAUUAAGUAAAGCAAUGAAUAGUUUUUUCACUGUCUCAUGCAAUAUCUAGGACACUUAUAUUUAAAAAAAAUCUAGUUGUUUACUGUAAAUUCAAAUUUAUCUGGAAAUCCUGUAUUUUCUAUA